AUAAGACGAAUGGUCAAACGUUAUAAUUUAAAAAGGUCAAAUAUGUUACGUUAUAAAACAGAGAGUUGGUAUUUCUGAAGACAGUCUCUUAAUUAUCUCUAGCUAUAGGAAUACUCAAAUCUUGCUAGAGGACUUUGAUUCAAAUGUUUUUGGCAAAAAAAUCCAAAAUAAAACAAAAUGAGGGAAAAACCAGGACAAAUUAGAAAAUCGAACUAAAACGAAUCCCGUUCGUUGCCUGCACGACGCGCCUCCUCGUCUUCUGGAAGGAACGAGCGCCACGGGCGCUUCUGCGAUCUCUCCCCGCCUCCUCCUCCGCCAUGGCCGCGCGAUCCCUGCCACCUCUCCUCCUCGUCGUCGUCGUCGCCGUCCUCGCCGCCGGAUCCCUCUCCCCGGCCGCCGGCCUGCGCUUCGACCUGCAGUCGGGCCACACCAAGUGCAUCUCCGACGACAUCAAGGUGGGCGCCAUGGCCGUGGGCAAGUACCACGUCGUGGCGCCCGAGCCCGAGGGCUCCUCCCUCGCGGCGUCGUCGCGGCUCCCGGACUCCCACCGCAUCUCGCUGCGGGUCACCUCCCCCUACGGCAACAGCCUGCACUACGCGGAGAACGUGCAGUCGGGCAACUUCGCCUUCACGGCGUCCGAGGCCGGGGACUACCUCGCCUGCUUCUGGGCGCCCGACCACCGCCCCCCGGCCACCGUCGGCUUCGAGUUCGACUGGCGCAGCGGCGUCUCCGCCAAGGACUGGAGCAGCGUCGCCAAGAAGGGCCAGGUCGAUAUGAUGGAGAUUGAGCUCAAGAAGCUGGAGGAUACCAUCAAAUCUAUCCAUGAAGAAAUGUUCUAUCUUCGUGAAAGGGAGGAGGAGAUGCAAGAACUGAACAGGAGAACAAACACACGGAUGGCCUGGUUCAGUUUCCUCUCACUUGCUAUCUGCCUAUCAGUGGCAGGGUUGCAGUUGUGGCAUCUGAAGAACUUCUUUGAGAGAAAGAAGCUGCUAUAAUACUUUUGUGACGGAGAACAUUUAGGCAUAAAAUCAUGUGAUUCUCUUUUGGGACUUGGCGUACAUUUCCUAUGAGGGACAUAUAUUAGCAUAGUUGAGAAAUAUUUCUUUUCAGUUUUCUAGCCAACUUAAAUAGAUGCAAAAUACAAAGCAGACUCCAAAUUUUGUUUCCUUGCUUGCAAAGUAUGUUGUUCACACGGUCCAGAA